AUGCAGUACUUCGGCCCCAAGUUCUGGCACCAGAGUAAACGCAUCCAGAAAAAAAAAAGAGAAAAAGUGCUCGCCAACCUGGCGUUCCAACACAUCUAUGUGCUAUACCAAUGGGCCGAUUGUGAUGAAUUUUGCAAGAUAUGUGCAUACUCGGGACACGAUUGGAAGGACUGUAAGUCCAAGUAUUUGAGCCACGCAGAAAGUCGCGCCCGUGCAUUUCGAAGCCGUGGGCGCACGUGUGUUCAUCAACCCAUGAGGCGCUUGCUCCUGUUUCAAAUUCGCCCACACUUUACAGUAAAAUAUGCAAUUCACGUCGUCGCUUUGGGCAAGACUGACGAAACGGUGGCAGUA